AUGUCAAGAAUUGUUGGUCUAAAACUUGGUAUUAAGCUGGAGCAGUUUUCUGACACUGUUGUGAGUGAGUUUGGUUUGUCUGAAGAGGAGCAUAUCACGAGUCUUAGUUAUUGGCCUGUGGACGCCUCCGGUUUUGUAACCAGUGCUAAAACGCCUCCGGGUUGGGUCAAAAGCGACUGUGCUCUCGAUUUCUUUCUUAGUGAGUUGAAGGUGAACAAAUCUCUGACUUUGUUCGUGAAGUUCCACUCAUCUGCUAAACGAGGUUCGGAUGUUUUAUCCCCAUCAAGUAGUGGAUUUUCAACUCCUGCAACAGUGACAAAACGGCAACGUGUCUUUACUACACCUUGUUCGAGCAAUAAAUCCAACCACAAAGUUUCAUCAAACGAUUUGUCGGAAGCUGAAAAUGUUGGUUUAGGGUCAGUCGGAUCUAAGAGAAACCCUAUUCUCAUUGACGAUGACCUAAUAGCGGAAGCUAAACUUGCGGAAGCUCUCUAUUCUGCGACCAAGGGAAAGGGAAAGAAACUUGAUAUUGAAUCUGACUCAGAUGAGGAAGAAGCAACAGUUGGAGGCAAAGGUUUUCCUGCAUUUGAUUUAGGCAUUGAUACCCCUGUUUUUUAUGAGAAUGAUACCAGGCCUCGGGGUUACGAUACUGAUUUUUGGAGAAAAUUUAUUGACAAUGAAUAUGGUGGUUCAAAUGUUGUUGAAAUUAUGUGUCCAAAGGAGGGAAUGGAUACAAAUAAGUGGAUGAAAAGGAAAGAGGUGUUAUGCAGCUCUAACAAUGCUUUUGAUCAUAUGGUUGUCUUGAAUGGUGAGAGCAGUACCAGAGGUGGCAUGCCUAAGAAAGAAUAA